AGGCUGUUAUAUCAGGUAUUAUUAACAUAAGUGUUAGGACAAAGGCUUUUCAUUAUUGUAAAACUUUACACUUAAGGCAACUCGUUAAAAAAUUAGACCGACAUCAGAAUGUGGAUGGGGAUUUUUUUUAUCUCUCCAAAAUAGUUGAAAAUAGAGCUCUGACUAAUGUGAAUAGUUCGAUAACAUGUGGUCUUGCGAUUGGUGAGAACUCUAAAAGUUUUCUCUGCCGAAAGCGCAACGCCCGUCUCUGAAGAAUGGUGAGCCCUUUGGAAACUGGUGCCCUCACACGGCUGCUCGAGCAGUGAUGCGGUCUUCCGCACGCCACUCUGUGUACUAUGUAAUUUCAUCCAGCCUGCAUUCUUAUAGUUCAUAUGAGAGAGACUCCUACCUUGCCUUCCUUACGUAGCUGAUGGAUGUAACCUGGGGUAUUGUUGGACGAUUCUUUUAUUUCUGCUCGUCGUUUACACAGGGAAAUCUCACGACGGAAUCUCCUGUGAAAUGUUAUGAGGAUACAGUUUAUUUAGAGACAUGACUGGACGCAUGGGCGACGCAAAACCUCUUGAUGCCAACUGAAUUAUUGUUAAUGCGUUUCGGACACGUUACUUUCUUCUUGGUGGCGCAAAAACUUUUCAAUGGAGAACACUCCAUUUUCUCAACGGAAAGGAAUACGGCACCGGGCCAUGCCAUAAUGCUAUUGAUUUUACUCGUGGUCUGUCUGGGAUUGCUGGAUUCCGGUCACUCGAAGUCUGUGUGCCUGGCUUCAGAGAGGCCACCCGCGCUAUCCUGUAACAGGGGACAAACAUGCCAGCCGAGACAUCGCAGGGAUGCUGGAGGACGUGGCGGCGUGUAUGAACACCUCGGCGGAGCCCCGAGACGCAGAAAGCUUUACUGUGCCACGAAGUAUCACUUACAAAUACAUCCCAGCGGCCAAAUAGAUGGUUCACUUGAAGAAAAUAAUCCUUUUAGCAUUCUGGAGAUCACAGCUGUUGAUGUCGGAGUGGUUGCAAUUAAAGGUCUGUUUGCAGGAAGAUAUUUGGCUAUGAACAACAGGGGACGACUGUAUGCCUCUGAGUCCUUCAACAAGGACUGUGAGUUCAUUGAGAGGAUGCAUGAACUUGGCUACAAUACCUACGCCUCUCGACAGUACCACACCGCAUCUCCCCCCACGGCCAACAGCAGCAUGGCCAGUGGCAGCGACAGCAGCAGCAGCAGCAGCCACAACAGCAAGCACAGACCCAACCCUGAGAGGCUUUGGUACGUCUCCAUCAAUGGCAAGGGUCGGCCCAGGAGGGGCUGCAGAACCCGGCGCACCGAGAGGGCCGCCCUCUUCCUGCCUCGGGUGCUCGGGCACAAGGACCAUGACAUGGUGCACCUGUUUCACAUCAGCCGGCAGUCCCGGGAAAGCCUCCUGAGAGACUUGGCCAGAGACGAUUGAAGGGGGCACUGGGGCAAAGCCAGGUGGGGCAAGUGAAUCACACGACAUGGUUGGAAGAGCGCACUGGAACGUAUCCAUCGUUAAAGGGUCAACAUUUUAAAAUGAUGUAUGUGCGUUGCUGAUCUUGUGUUUGGUGACGUCUGAUGUGAUUUGUCUUGAGAAAUGGUGCAGUUCUUGUGGCUAAAUUAUUAAAGGUGUUCUCUGACAUGGAAACUGAGAUGAGAUGACAUAUACAUGUACACACAUGUACACAUUUUAAUGUACAA